AUGGCGCAAACAAUCGACAAACUCCUCAACCUCGCCGCCGACAAAGCCGACCAAGUCCUCCAACACCUCCAGUCCAACCCACACCUAGCCUCCCAACAAGACCAUCACGGCUACUCUCUGCUGCACGCCGCCGCCUCCUACAACCAUCCCGAACUCCUUCAAACGCUUCUCAGCACCUACUCCGUAAACCCAAACCUCGUGGACGAAGAUGACGAAACCUGUUUAUUCAGCGUCGAAACGCUAGACAUGGCAAAAUUCCUCGUCGAGCAAUGUAACGUGGAUACAACACAUAAAAACGCAGAAGGGCAGACUGCAGCAGAGAAGUUCGAGCAAGAGGGUGAUUAUCCAGAGGUUGCGCAGUAUUUGGCAGGUUUGCAGGCUGGUGCGGGCACUGUUGCUCCUGGCGAAGAGACAAAUGGUGCGGUGCCCCCACCGCCGCUUCCUCAUGGUGUCAAGAUUGAUCUGGGGACUAUGGCAGAGGAUGAGGUUGGUGAGGCGCCAGACCCGGAGUUUAGGAGGAGGAUUGAAGAGUUGGCUGCGAGACCUGACUUCCAGAGUGAAGAAGUGCAACAGCAGCUCAGAGAGCUUGUCCAAGAUGCUUUGGGUGGCAUGAAAGGAGAUGACAGAGAGGUGAGACAGAGACUCUCGUAG